UUUUAAUCGAUAAAUCUAACGUUAAUCACACUUUGAUCAAUAGCAAUUUCUUUGAAAUUUUAUUAGAUUAAGAAGAAUUCGUAAACAUUGUGAUUUCCAAAGGAUUUAGGAAAUGUGAAUUUUUAUUAGCUUUUUAACGGAGCCUCACAAGAUGGUUAAGAUUUGUAUCUUAUUCGUGUUACUGCCGCACCUGUUUUAUACCAUGGUAUGUAGUACAACUUCGUGUUCGGAAUACCUCACAUACACGAUCGAUCCCGACACACGCAAGAUAUUCGGACGGAUCGAAAUUCUACCACCAAAAUGCCCACCAGAAAAUGAGGAAAUUUAUUUAAAAGUAGCCUUAAACGCUACCGCUGAUUCGAUAAAAGGGAUAUUUCGAUUGGAAUUGGCACGUUCUAUAAACGAGUCCAUUCAAGCUGUUAAACAAGGCAGAUCUUUAGUGUAUCACGUUUAUUUUCCCUCGGAUGACAAGUUUCCGACGUUAUCCGCAAUAUGGAUUAACACUCAACAAUACUGCCUCGGUCCCAAACUGUCGGGUAAAAAUAUCAAAGCUAAUAUCGAGUUGGGGCACAUUGUGUAUCCGCCAAACAAAGAGCCACUACUGCAGUUUCAGCCAUGGCAUCGAAAUUCAACUACCGCAUAAAUAAUCCGAAUUACAAUAGUAACGACGAAUGCGGUGUUACCGAUUACUACACCGAUAGCAUAAAUAGACAGAUUCCCAACGGGGCGAACACAUUACCAGGCCAGUGGCCGUGGGUGGUUCCAGUCUACUAUAUUCGUAAAAAAGAGAAGGAUUUUAUAACAACAUACGAAUUUCAAUGUGGUGGUU